GGUUGCGUUCGUCCAGGCCGUGCCAUUUCUUAAAGACUCACCCCUGCACGACUGCACCUCUGCUGCACUCUGCAGGGGUAGAGAAAAAAAGAGGAGAGAGAGAGAGAGAGGGACCGACCGAUGAACGGACGGCAUGGCUGAUGGCUCCAACGAACGCAGGACAGGUACAAGUACUACCUGCAGGCUGCAGCGCAACUGCCAGUCGCCCGCCCUCUAGCCUUCGUGCCGUCUGCCCGCCCGCCGUCUAGUCCUCUCUUCGUUCUCUUGCUCUCGCGCUAGCAGAGCGGAGGAGGAGGAGACCAACCGGGUUGGUGGACGUGGGCGGGAGGUGUGUGCGUGUGUCGUCCAUGGGGCGGACGCCGUGCUGCGACAGGGCGGCCGUGAAGCGGGGCCCGUGGUCGCCGGAGGAGGACGAGGCGCUGCGCAGCUACGUCCAGCGCCACGGCAGCGGCGGCAACUGGAUCACCAUGCCCAAGAAAGCGGGGCUCAAGAGGUGCGGCAAGAGCUGCAGGCUGCGCUGGCUCAACUACCUCCGCCCGGACAUCCGCCACGGCGGCUUCACCGCCGAGGAGGACGCCGUCAUCAUGUCCCUCUACGCCCAGCUCGGGAGCAAAUGGUCGCUGAUAGCCUCGCAGAUGGAGGGGAGGACGGACAACGACGUGAAGAACCACUGGAACACCAAGCUCAAGAAGCGCCUCCUGGCCGCAGCGGCCGCGUCCUCCGCCCCGCCGCCAGCGCCCGCGCCCGCGCCUCUUUCCAGCACCACGCUCACGUCCUCGCUGUUCCCGUCGCUCGCCAUACCGACCGUGAAGACCGAGGCGUACACCUGCGACGACUUCCUGGCGCCGGCGCUCGGCCUCGGGGACCCGUUCGCCGCCGCCGCCGCCGCCGCCGACGGCUCCACCUCGGCCGCCUCCGCGGCGUCGUCGGCCUCCAACAACUGGUCGGCGGCGGAGAACGGCGCAGGCGAAGCGUCCCUCUUCCUGCUGGACUUCUGCGCGGGCCCCGACCUCGCCGGCGCCGACCAGCUCCACCUCCCCGGCGGCUACUACUACCCUCUCGACCCGAUCUUGCCGUCGUCGCCUCGUCGGUAUAGCUAGCUUCUUCGCGCGCUGCGUACGCGGUACGCCGCUGUCGUUCCAAGGACAGCGUAGCGUAGCGGUAGGGUCUGUAGUACGUACUACCAUGGUGCAUGUGCUCGGGAGUCGGGAUCGUCGUCGCUUCGUUGAUCAGAAGCUAAGCUGCAUGAAAGCAAAGCUAGCCGCGCGCGCGCGUUUUGUCUAGGUCUUCACGUCAGAUUUCUGCCGAAAUUAACAUUUCCAGUCGCCAAUUCGCCAUCGGUGACCUUUGAAAGAAACAAAGAAAGAAAAAAAAAACUAGUAUCUGUGACUGUGAUUGAAAAUGUGCUACUCGUAGUUGGCUAAUGGCGUUGCUCUAGUCUUGAAAAAAAAAGGCUUCAUGUUCUUGAGUGCCUAUUAACUCGUUAAUUUGUUUUGAAAAGGAUUUCA